UGACAUAGUUUAGUGUUUCGAAAACUUUGUGGAAUACACAUUAGUGAUUUCUCUCUUAAUAAUUUGCUAGUAUCCAAGUAAAGAUAAUGAGAAAAUAUACUAAAAAUUCACAGUUGCCAGUGAAAACAUAUUCAAAUGAUGGAAAAGUGUCCAAAUAUCCACGUGCAAUAACUAAAUUCAAUUUGGAUGCCGAUGAUUCCGAAAAUAUACCAUAUCAUGCCAGAGAAUCUGCUCAGCCAUUUACCUAUGGAGGUUGGCCAGAAGCAUUUACAAGGAAUCGAAUUAAUCACGAUGUUGGAGUCCUUCAAGAAUGUUUAAGCGAAUCUAAAAAUAAUGAGCAACUAAUAGAAAAGCAGGACAAUCGUUCACAAAAGCAGCAUCUAAAGGAAACUCUUGAUGAGUAUAGCAACAAAAACUUUGUUAGCAAAUAUGACCAGAAAUCAAUUCAGCGUGAUACACAUAAUACGUACUUAAUGCAUAAUAAGCCAAUCGACGUUCAAUGCGCUAGUUUUUCGCGCAAAUCGCCAAUAAAACUGUCGGAAAUCGAAAGUGAUGAAGUAAACGAAGUUGGCGAAUUAACAAAUGGAUGUAAUAAAAACUUGGAUGAUAAUAUUGCCAUACCAAAAGGUCACACUGACUCGAAAAACAAUUUAAAUAAAAGAAGUGAAACACCUAGUUUUCCUAAUGAAGAUAUUUCCAAUUUAAAAAAUCGAUGCACUAGCCCUUAUCCAAUGCUGAGUCAACAAAGAAGUGAUAAUACUGUAGAUGAAAAACGAUUGAAAAUCACAGCGAAAGCCAAAAUCGAAACUCCUGCCAUCGAUCCAAAUUUUGUGAAAUUCGCUAAAGAUACUUCGAAACUUUGGUAUAAACCCUAUAUUACUCGAGAGGAUGCACUGCAACUCCUACGUAAUGCAAAGCCUGGCUCCUUCAUCAUACGAAAUUCUACAACUUUCAAAAAUGCUUACGGCUUGGUGCUGCGAGUUGCACGACCUCCAGCUAAUUUAAUUGUUGUAAAUGAUUCAAAUAAUGAACUAGUACGACAUUAUUUAUUAGAACCUACAGAAUGCGGUGUACGUUUAAAGGGUUAUCAAAAUGAACCGGUUUUUACGUCCCUUUCUGCUUUUGUUUAUCAACACUCCGUCGAUGAAUUGGCCUUACCGUGCAAAUUAAUUAUUCCGAAAAAAGAUUUAUCCUUAACAUCUGGUCAAGCAGAUUUAAUUUUUGCUCAAGAGCAACUUCUAUCUCAAGGAGCUGCAUGUAAUGUUCUUUAUUUAUUUACAUAUAAUACAGAAUCACUUACUGGAAAUGAAGCCAUUCGAAAAGCUUCAGAAGAAAUGACCCUACAACAAUCACAUCUAACACCCUUUGAGGUACAUUUCAAAGUAUCAAAAUAUGGUAUCACGCUGACGGAUAAUAAGCGCUUAUUUUUUUUCCGACGUCACUAUCCUGCACAAAACAUUUCUUAUUUCGGCUUAGAGCCGGACAACAAGUUGUGGCAACUCUCAAAUCAAGAUCCAGAAAGGGUUUCGAAAACUAUUUUCGCUUUUGUAGCACGACCUAUCACUGGUAGUAAAGAUAAUCAAUGCCACAUUUUCUGCGAUCUGUCUGCGAACCAGCCAGCAUCUGCUAUUGUUUCCUUCACUCACAAAGUCCUAUCACUGGAUAUAUUUGACAACAAAAUUGUGUAAUAUUGUAAUAUCUAUAAUAUUUUAAUAAAAAUAUCUAA